AUGGACGCCGCUGUCGCGGCGCUCGUCGUCGUCGUCGCCGUCGCCGUCCUUCUCUUCGUGGGUCUCCGGCGCUGCGCGGGCGCGGGCCACCGCAACCACUGCCCCUACCCGAACCCCGUGCUCGGCAACGUGGUGCCCUUUGUGCGCAACUUCCACCGCUUCCUCGACUGGGCCACGGACCAGCUCGCGGCGGCCCCGGCCUCCACCAUCGAGGUGCGCGGUGCGCUCGGCCUCGGCAACGGCGUCGCCACCGCGGACCCGGGCGUCGUCGACCACCUGCUGCGCGCCGGGUUCCCCAACUACGUCAAGGGCGCGCGCUUCGCGGGGCCCUUCGCCGACCUCCUCGGCAGCGGCAUCUUCCUCGCGGACGGCCGCCUGUGGAGCCUCCAGCGCAAGCUCGCGUCCUACUCCUUCUCGUCCCGCUCGCUGCGCCGCUUCUCCGGGCGCGUCCUCAGCGCCCACCUGCACCGCCGGCUCCUGCCUCUCCUCACGGCCGCCGCCGACUCCGGCGAGGCCGUUGACCUGCAGGACGUGCUCAAGCGCUUCGCCUUCGACAACAUCUGCGGCGUCGCGUUCGGGGUCGAGGCCUCGACGCUGCUCGAGCUCGGGGAGGAGGACGGCGGGGGCAGCGGACGCCGCCGCCGGCACGAUGCGUUCUUCAAAGCGUUCGACGACGCCGUCGAGAUCUCCUUCGCGCGCAUGCUCCACCCGACCGCCGUCGUGUGGAAGGCGAUGCGGCUCGCUGGCGUCGGAAGCGAGAGGCGGCUCCGCGAGGCCAUCCGCGUCGUCGACGAGCACGUCGCGGCGAUCAUGGAGUCGGAGGAGCGGUCGCGCGGGCGCGGCGACGACGAGCAGUACCUGCUGUCGCGGUUUGCGGCGGCGAUGGAGGAAGAUGAGGGGAGCGAGCUCGGCGCAAUGUUCCAGUCGCCGGGGGCGAAGCGGCGGUUCCUGCGGGACAUCGUCGUCAGCUUCGUGCUCGCCGGGAAGGACUCCACGUCCUCCGCGCUCACAUGGUUCUUCUGGCUCCUCGCCGCCAACCCGCGCUGCGAGCGGCGCGUGUACGAGGAGGCGGCGGCAUCGCUCGACGAAAACGGAGACGACGACCACAGCGGCUACGACGAGCUCAGGGGGAUGCACUACCUGCACGCCGCGCUCACCGAGGCGAUGCGGUUGUACCCGCCGGUGCCCAUCAACUCGCGGGUGGCGUCCGCGGGGGACGUGCUGCCGGACGGCACGACGGUGCGCGCCGGCUGGUUCUCGGACUACUGCGCCUACGCGAUGGGGAGGAUGCCGAGGCUUUGGGGCGACGACUGCCGCGAGUUCCGGCCCGAGCGGUGGCUCGACGGCGGCGGCGAGUUCGUGGCGGUGGACGCGGCGAGGUACCCAGUCUUCCACGCCGGCCCGCGGGCGUGCCUCGGGAAGGAGAUGGCGUACGUGCAGAUGAAGGCCGUCGUGGCCGCCGUGGUCAGGAGGUUCUCCGUCGAGCCGGUACGGGCGGCGAGCAUGGAGGCGCCUCCGCCGUACGAGAUGGCGGUGACGCUGAGGAUGAAGGGCGGGCUGCCUGUGCGGAUAAGGAGGCGGGAGAGCUACGCGGGCCGCCACUGA